AUGCAAUUAUCGGCGGUUUCGCCGAUAUCGAAAACUUAUUCACGAACAAUGAAAACUACUCAUUUGUUGGUUCAAGUAGUCUCCAGUGAAACAUUGACACGUUUAAUAAACCGUGAACGAUUUAUUGUACUUCAACCACAAUGUGUCAUGCGUGCAUUUCAAAUCUGUAUCUAUCUACCACCAUUAUACGAUGACCCGUGGCUUAUAUUCAAAGUUCGUCGAAAUGAGACAAUAUGUUGCCUAAUUGGAUUUGGUAUUGGCGUUGGUUGUUGCAUACUCUAUCGUCUUAUUUCGAAUUUUCUUGCUCCUUCUUCAUCAUCAUCAUCAACAACAUCUAUCUCAUCUAAUACUCUAUCGUCUUUGUCAAACAAGAAACGUGAUGCGAAAGCACUACACAUGGGUCAAGAACAUUCAUCGUUUUCCUCGAAUGGAAAUGAAAUUACUGUAACAUACACUAAACGACCACGGUCAUCAACAAGUUCUAAACAAUCUUUACCUGCAAUUCACCACAAUGCAAACUCAACAAUCAAUCGAUCUCAUCGUCCAUCCUAUUCGAAUGACUCGGACCGAGAGCCACUGCUUGGCUUACCUAUUGAUAAACGUCACGAGUCUAUUCCAAAUAAAACAUUUACUGCCAGUCAUCUAUCUGAUGAAAUGACAUGGUCAGAAAUCUCUUCAUCGUUAGGAACAGUUGGUCUAUUGCAAGACUCUUAUCAUUCCAAUUCAUUAACGGGUGAUUCUGGUGUUGAUUGUCAAGAAAUUUCAACAAUACGAUCAUCGCGUAAUCAAGCACAUCUUCAUGAUCUAACGACAACAUCAAUAACAACAGCAGAGACUAAUCCCAGUGCAAUUAUUGAUGAUGAUGAUGAUGACGAUGAAUCAAUGAUUAAUUAUUCAACUAAUGGAACCAAUACAUUACAUUAUUCGGGUUCAAGACGAUACGAUUCAGACACAGCACUCAGUCGUGGUGUAUUACUUCAUGAUACACAGACAGCAACUGAAUCACAUGUGAUGUCAUAUAUGUCAACGGAAAAAGGUUUAGAUCGAGCGUUGGAACAAACCAGUCGAUUCUAUUCCGAUCUUGAACAUAUCGCUACGGACUUGAGUAGUUUAUCGAAACGAUAUUCUCAAUCUCAAAUCUCGAUUUCACCGUCAUUAUCAAAAUACUAUCAUCAACAUAAUCGACCAGUAUUUAAUACAAUCGAUGCACUUGAUUGGGAUUGGCACGAUGUUCAUUCGCCUCCAUUGAUGCAAUCACCAAAAUUAUUUCAUCGAAAACAGAACGUUUCAUCGUCUUUACCACGUCUAAACCAAACUUCGACAAAAACGAAAGUUCGAAGAAAGUUAAAUCACACAGCAAAUCAAACAGAAUAUCAUGAAUCAGAUCUAGAAAUGCGUACAACACGUUCGUAUGAUUGUACGAGUUCGCCAUUGAAGCGAAGACCGAGUUCAGUGUAUUUUGAUUCAACAGAUAAUACAAGUGGCGAGGAGAACUUCGGAGAUGAGACUCUUCAAAUUGCCUCUUCACCAACGGUGCUAUCUUCCUCAAGAACAACCGAGUUCUUUUCGACGACUACUCAAUAA